UUUAAGGAAAAUAAAAUAAUUGAGAUUAAUUAGAGGUGGACUAAGGAAACGUACAUAAAUACGAGAGGCACUUAAACAUUCUUCUUCUUUCUCACUGUCUCUCUCUCACACACACACAAUCGUAGCGAUCGAGCCUCUAUGGCAAUGCUUUUAUCGUAGUUACCAACAUAUAAAUCUCUUUCUUAUAAGUCACGAAGUGUGAUAUUAUAUAGUACAAACAAAUAUAUAUGAGCAUGUGCAGGUCCAACAUGAAAAGCAGUGAAUCUGGAGAGAUUAUAAACGGAGAAUGCGAUGUUUCAACGUCCGUCAAAGGCGAAACUAGCGGCAACGCCAAAUUCUCCGCUGGUCUUCGUCGUAUCCCUUUCAAUGAGGCUUGUUUCUUUUUCUCUUUUUUUCUUUUUACAUUUUCUUGAUUAAAAAAAAUUCGAUUAUUUUGGACAAGUCACUUUGCUUAUUCUUUGAUUUCAUACUUUUCUUUUGUUUGUUUUAUAUACGUCCGACUGGUUUUCGUGAUUAGAAUAAUAUUAAUCUAGUACGGAGACGUUUUCUACGUUUAACCAGCGAAUUUGUUGAUUAUAGUUUUGAUUUUUUUGAUGGAUUAUUUUAUAGUUUUCAGCCACUUUCACAGUAUUUGGGUUGGUAAAUAACAUAGAGUUCUUGGAAAUUGAUUUUAUACUGGAUUGAAUGCUGGUAUUGACUGUUGUUAAUGUAAUGCAUCCCUUUAGAAACAUAGUUUCAAGAAGGCUUCAUCUAUCUUUCACGUAGUUGAGAAAUAAAUUGACAUUCAUUUAUAUGUAACUAUUGUCUAUGUAGAUAAAAAUGUUUGAUUGUGUGGAUAAAUAUGUGUUCAUACUUCAUAUGUAUGCCUAAAGCGUUACUAGAACUUUCAUGGACUGAGAGAGAUGCUUUUUGUGUUGUACUUACUUUAUAUUUCUUGACAGUUGGGUUGUACUUACUUGGAAAGUGUUCUAUAUAGGUUUCCUCUCAUUCUAUUCUUUUUAUCAGUUCCAUUAGUACAAAGUUUACUAUCUUAUUAAUACCACUUUUAGUAUAAUCUAGUUACUUCUCGAUUCAUUUUUUCUUGAUAAGAGUAUAUGUGUAUAUGUGUAUAGUAUUUUUUAUAUGAAUUUUUAAAUAUCGAAAUUUCUAAUGAAGUUAUAAUCAAAUGAAAGAUAUACAUAAUCUAAGCUGAUUUUGUUUUUCAAAAAAGAAAAUAAAAAGGUGAGCUUUUAAGAACCCAUGAUGAUUUUAUUUAAAAAGAUCCUAGAAUGUUGGUACAGUUAGCCAUUCGCUUUUCUGUCACUUGUGAAUUUGAUUAAUUAUUCAGUUCUAAAAGUUAUAGAAUUUAAACUUUUUCUCUUCUUUUUCAACUUUCUCAUCCCAGCCCCAGUGGCCAUGUGAUGCGACCAUCUUCCUCGUGCUUACUGCUUAGAAUUUGUUCUUAAUUUAAUAAUGAUAAAAUAUCAUUUUCCGUAUUGUAAUGUAAUGUCCUUCUGUUUCACAAUAAAAAUUAGUUUAAGAUUUUAUUUUUCGUUUUAUAACCAAAAAAAAACUAAUGUAGAUUAUGCUUUACAAAAAACUCAUGUAUAAAGCUUCUAUAAAUACCAUUUUCAUACAACUUGCUACUUAUAAAUGAAAUUUAUUUACUUUGAUGAGAUAAAAAGUAUUAUUAAUAAAUGAUAUAACAAAGAAUUUAGUAUUUUUUAAAUGAGUGCAAUAUCGUAUAUGAAAAACCAAAUCACCUACACAGAUACCAAACAUGAUAAUUUUCAAUAUGAUAUUAUAAAGACUACAUCAUAUAUUGAGGGUAAAAAUGUUUAAUGAGUGCAAUAUCGUAUAUAAUUAAAAACCAAAUUACGUACAAAAUUACUAAACAUGAUAAUUUUUUCUAUAUGCAUAUAAAAGGCUAAAUCAUAUAUUGAGGAUAAAAACUUUUUUGUUUUUAAUUAAUGUCAACAUACUUAUGUUGCGCUUCUUUCUAUAUACUACUAAAAUUUUCUUUGCGUUUUGGUAGAAGAAGAAGCGUACAACAGUAAAAUAAUAAAGAGUUGUUCAAUAAUUGAACAUCAUUUUAUCAAAAAAAAAAAAGUGAAAAACAUAACAAAAUUAUAACAUAAUUUUGUUUUUUCCCAUGCAGGUGGGAGAGGAGAUGGCGUCACUCACAAAAAUAGCUUGCCCGAUCGUGAUGACAUCACUCCUCAUAUUCUCGCGAUCAAUAAUCUCUAUGUGGUUCUUGAGUCACCUGGGAAAAGUUGAACUCGCUGGUGGUGCACUCGCCAUGGGCUUCGGAAACAUCACCGGAGUCUCCAUACUCAAAGGCCUUUCCGUUGGUAUGGACCCAAUCUGUGGCCAAGCCUUCGGAGCCAAACGCUGGACUGUACUGAGCCACACGUUUCAGAAAAUGUUCUGUCUCUUAAUUGUCGUCUCUGCUCCAAUCGCCGUUGCGUGGCUCAACAUCGAACCCAUUUUCCUACGGUUGGGUCAGGACCCGGAUAUUACCAAGGUCGCCAAAACCUACAUGCUCUUCUUCGUCCCUGAGCUCCUGGCUCAAGCCAUGCUCCAUCCGCUUCGAACAUUCCUCAGAACGCAAGGCUUAACGUCACCGCUGACUAUAUCUGCCAUUGUAUCCAUUCUUCUUCAUCCUCUCUUCAACUACGUCUUCGUCGUGCGUAUGCGUUUAGGCGUUAAGGGUGUUGCAAUCGCAAUGGCUUUUAACACAAUGAAUAUCAACGUUGGACUGCUCGUUUACACGUGCUUCUCGGAUUCUCUAAUCAAACCGUGGGAAGGGCUGGCUUUGCGGUCGCUUUUCCGCGGCUGGUGGCCGCUGCUUUCACUAGCCGCACCAAGCGCCAUCUCGGUGUGUUUGGAGUAUUGGUGGUAUGAGAUCAUGCUUUUUCUUUGUGGGCUUCUUGGGAACCCUAAAGCAAGCGUGGCCGCCAUGGGAAUAUUGAUUCAGACCACGGGGAUACUAUACGUAGUCCCGUUUGCUAUAAGCAGCGCCAUUGCAACCCGUGUAGGUCACGCACUUGGAGGCGGUCAACCCACACGGGCGCAAUGUACGACCGUGAUUGGUUUGAUACUCGCGGUAGCGUACGGUUUAGCAGCAGCUGUUUUUGUGACGGCGCUUAGGUCGGUUUGGGGAAAGAUGUUCACGGACGAACCGGAGAUCCUUGGGCUUAUUUCGGCCGCGCUUCCGAUCUUGGGGCUUUGCGAGAUCGGAAACUCGCCGCAGACUGCCGCUUGCGGAGUCUUGACUGGGACGGCGAGGCCUAAAGAUGGAGCACGCGUCAACCUAUGCGCAUUCUACAUUGUGGGCUUGCCUGUGGCAGUUACGACCACGUUUGGGUUCAAGGUUGGGUUUCGUGGGCUAUGGUUUGGACUGUUAUCUGCGCAGAUGACGUGUUUGGUAAUGCUGCUUUAUACGUUAAUCCGUACGGACUGGACCCAUCAAGUGAAGCGGGCAGAGGAACUUACCUCCGCUGCAGCCGAAAAAAGUCAUUCGGAAGAAGAAACCGUCCAUGCUGAAGUAGGAGACAAUGAUGAUAUUAGUAGCAAUGAUCUGGAGAUUGGUUUACUACAAAACACGAAUUGAGUAAUCUAGAAAUAUUUUAAAAAUUAUCAAUCGACAAUUUUUAACGGAUUGUUAAUGAUAUAGGAGUUUUUUUCUUUUUUUGACAAGCUACAAACACCGAAGCUAGAUAGAUAUGUGACCGAACUGUAAACU